CAAGCACUCUGAUUGCUUGCCUCUGCUAUGGCAUAUUAGGCAGCCAGUGCUCUUGGCUGGGAGCCCAGACAGGGCUUUUGUAAUCAAAACAUGAUCUCGUAUGCUGUGCAACCAGUACUGAGAAAGGCCGACUGAUGGCUCUCCUCUUUUAGCUCUGCUGUGGAAUCCGCUGAGCUUCACCUCUGAUGUCCAAAAUGCACCGAUCUGAUGCCACUGUGGAUGAUGCAGUCUUGCGGAAAAAAGAGCAAAAAGAUAUCGAACUGGAUAAGAAAAUCAUAGCUUUGCGGAAAAAGAACAAAGCUCUUUUGAGAAGAUAUCAAGAAACAGAAGAGGACAGGAAGCGAGCAGAGCAGGAGGGGAUGGCCAUCACCUCGAGGAGAGCCAGGCCAGAGGGUCUUACCAUCACGAUCACCAAAGCUCAUAAUGAGAAGAGAGUAGUGAGUGAGAAAUGGGGAAGCUGCUGCUCUCCUGCUGGGAUUGGGAGUGAGGAGGAGGAAGAUGAUGAGGAAGCCGACCCUUUGUUUACAUUCAGAAUGGGGAAGAGGGUUCAGCUGGCAGUUACUAUGGAUAAUAAAGCCAAGGGAAAGCGGGUUGUCAGUGAAAAACAGGGAUCGGAAUGUCUUGCGAGCCCAGGCGAGGCCCCAGAUAUCAGCAAAGAAGAGGGGGAUCAGCUGGUUGCUUUCCGCAGGGAAAGAAGAAUGCAUAUUGCUAUUACUAUGGACAACAAAAGCAGGGUGGAUGAAAAGAGAACAGUGGAGAGGAGACGGUCAGAAAGUGACAAGCACUCUGAGAGUGUGCUCUUCAGAAAGGAGAGAGGAAAAUCUCCCCAGAAGAGCCCAGGCGACAAGAGUUGCACCCUCACUGGGAGAGAGCGGUCGGAAUACAUGCGAUGGAAGAAAGAGCGGGAUCAGAUUGACCUUGAGCGACUGGCACGCCACAAGAACGCAAGGGGAGAAUGGCGACGGGCUUGGGAUAUAGAGAAAUCAGAGCGCAUGUUUGAGGAAACUAAAGAUGGGGAGACAGCUUUGGAUUGCCCCCACAGUAAGAAAGGGGGAAGAAAUGCUAAGAAAUCUCAGCAACGAUCACUGCCUUUUGAAGGAAAAGGUGGAGGACAACGCAGAACGAGCACCAGUGAGCCUGCUUCCAGAGCAUUGCCUGUAGUGAGCAGCAAAGCCAGAGGGAAGGACAGGCUGACCGGCAGAGCCAGAAGAUGGGAUGCGAAGGAAGGUGAAGAAAUUCCCUUUAUAAAGGAUGAACCUGAUAACCAGAGAUCCACCAACAAUGAACAGCUGAAGGGUCAAACUCUGGUUAGUGAAGCAGUAAAGGAACAUAACCACCCAGAAGGAUUAGAGAAGAGUGUACACCAACAAAAUCCCAAGGAGCACAGUGUUUUCAUGCCACAAGCAAAAAAGUGUGGAAAAAGCCCCACUGUAGGUGAAGAUCAGAGCACAGAUGAAAAGGCCAGAAGGUGCAUUAUUCAGGAAGUGUCUGCAAGCAGCAUGGAUGAGCCUGAGGCAGAUCCCAAGUUCAGUAAGACAGUCACUGGGGUAGAACUGUCCCCCAGGAGCAGCUGUAUGAAUAGCAGCUCUUGCCAGGGAAUGGCUGGGAGCCUUUUGCUGGCUGCUGGAGGUGCCCUUAAGGAAAUCAAUUCCACAUUCUACGAAGAUGGCUUAGACAAAAAUGCACCUUCUGAAAGAAAUCCCAGUGAGGACUGUGUAAGAAACCUUGGUGAGCUGGCAAUAAAGGCAAAAGUCAACGAUGAAGUUCAAGUAUAGAGAUGUGCGGAACGUUUCUAAGUCAAAACUUUUCUACACAAAAGGGGCAAUUUUGAGUGUUUCAGGCUCAAAACAGAACACCUUUCAAACAAAGGGCCUGUUUUGGGCUUGGAACAGAACAACGCUGUUUUGAUUGGAAUGUUUCAACGUUUCGACCACUAUUUUGGUGGGCUGUUUUUCCCUUGAUGAUUGGUUUUUGGCACUGGCUUCCGAUUGGUCGGAUUAUGAUCUCCUUGGUUCUUGGUUGGCUUGUUAUCAUACAAAUCAAGUGCUGUCCUGGGGAACUGUGCCCCCAUAGGCUGGGGGAGGGAGGGGAACACAAAAGGAGGAAGUUUCAAAAUGUAUUCAAAGGGACUGGGCGGCAGAGAGAUCUCUUGAAAAGAAUACAUCAGGAGAGGAGGAAGGAAUCAAGGAAGGUUUGAUGUUGUGGUUUUCUUUUCUCUAUAACUAUCUGGUUUUGCUGGAUCUCAGAUUGACAAAGGCAUAACUUGGGUGCCUGCCUUCCUUGAGCUGUGGUUUGUUUUGUUUGUGAGAUAGUGUUGUGGCAAGAAACAAUGGACAGUGGCAGCUCUGUGUGUUUACGCAUAAUAUUUCUUGAUGAUUGCUGUGAUGAGCUCUAUGUCUGGCAUUGAGAGACUUGUGCUUCUGUCUUCACUGUGCUUCACUGCUCUGUCUACUAUCUGCAUUGCAAGAUGUACUACUGAGUCAAAAUGGCUGAAGUUGCUCUAGUUGAGCUUAUGACUAUGCUUGCAGCUAAAGGUGCUGCUGUGGCAGCUGUUGCAAUGCUGAAGUAAGGAGUCAUAAUCGUGUGUGAGAGAGCAACUUGUGCCAGUGAUGUUACUGCAGCAUAGGCAUUGUGGCUGGCAGUGAAUUCUGGGUCAGUGAUUCUUUUUUUGCCAUUUUUGGACUCUUUUUGAAAUGUGUGUUCUGUGUUGGGAGGGACAGAUUCCUUUUUACUGUGUAUUUCUGCAGUGUUUUUCAAGGCAGGGUUGCAAAAUACACGGCAAAUUUGCAAUGCAGAACUUUCCUAGCCAUGGGGUACAAUGUGGAACUUGAA